AUGGCAUCUCUCACGGCUCGGCAAGAUCCCCAUUCGCCUAUCGAUCCAGCAAGGUCUUUGAGGACCCGGGUGAAAGUUGCUUGCAGACGAUGUAGACGCCAAAAGUUAAAGGUCAGCUCGCAAUCUCUUACCACAAAAUUGGCCAUUGCAUCUCCACCCUUGAGCAGAGAACUCGAUCGCGUUUCCUAUGUUUUUGCUAUGGUCCUCCCGGGUUUGACUUGUUUGUCUUUUAGUGCGACAAGGAGCGACCUUGCGCCCUAUGCACACGCUCAGGAACUCCUUGCAUUACAGAUAACUUGGAAACCUUCAGGUGAGCGUGAUGCCCGACGUUCUGCUAUUGCUUUUACAGCGACGACAUCCAAGAAGAACUCGACCAUAAGGCGAAGGCCCUCGGGGACGAAUGCCCAUGAAUAUCAAGGCUCGACCUACGAAGCUGAUGAACUGUUACCUGGAGGAGAAUCACGAGAAUCUCGGCAGCGGAGGCCUACCAUCACUCAGACUCCAGAGUUGAGCGCCUUGCACUUCCAACACAAUCCUCGAGACUCAUCUUCUGUGCUAGGUCUGACCAGAGAAAUCCUCUCGGAAUUUGGCUCGAACCCAGAUCUCGAAAGUCCUACAUACGCACUGCCAGGAACUUUACCUCCUAGAACAGGUGCAGAUACACAAGUGAAGGAUAACCUUCGCAUCCGAGACUUGAUAGGGGUUGACCUGCCAGACAGGGAGACCGGAGAGCUUCUCCUAGGUUCUUACUUUUCGAAAGUACAGUGGUUUAUGAUGGUUCUCCACGAGCAAACUUUCAGAGCACACUAUGAAGCUUUGAUAAGCUCCGGACGGGCACACCACAAUCAACUCCGACAAGUGGCGCUGACACUCCUCGUUCUUGCCAUGGGUGCUCGGUAUACGCGCCAUGCAGAGCUGACGGCGGCUGGUCUCCAGGUGGAUCUUGAAACACUGCAGUCGACAUUUUUAGCAAAGGUCCAGGAGAACCUGUUCACGAUAUUGAACGAAGUUGAGCUUGAAUCCGUUCAGAUCUGCAUUUUACUAAGCUCCUUCUACCUAUAUCACGGCAAACCUAAUCUUGGAUUCGUGAUUCUUGGUACAGGCAUACGCUCCGCACAUGCUUUAGAUCUACACCGAGAAGCAAUGUGGCGUAAACUGACACCGGUUUCUCGGGAAGAACGCAAGCGGGUUUGGUGGGCUCUUUACGUGUUCGAUCGGUUCGCUGCCAUGAUUUUUGGACGACCAUACUAUAUCCAAGACUCUGAGUUCCAGGUGAGCAUGGUACAGAAUAUGGAAGACACCACUUCUAGGCACCCCACUUUGAGCUCGAUGGAGAUGAACGAAUACGGUAAUUCAGAGAACGUCACAAUAUUCUCUUACCAAAAGCAUAAGUUCAAGCUCUAUCAGCUCUCAUCGCAAGUUAUCGCCAACGUACACUUCAGGGCUGGCGUGGGCGAAACGGAUGUGGGUCAGAGAGUCAAGGACAUUCAUGAGCAGCUAGUCGCAUGGCACGCUAACCUCCCACCAGAAUUACGACUCAGUAAAAGUGCCAGGCGACAUGAGUUGCCAAAAUCGGCAAUUGAGAUGACAUUCGAUUUUCAGGCUCUCGCUCUCCAGCUGGCGUAUGAUAACAUCCAAAUUCUCUUGCACCGACCCAUGCUUUCAGGAAACGCUCGCCCGUCACGCACUGAUACUGCUGUCCAUGAACCACAGCACAUCGCACGAUCAUCUCCAGCCUUCAAUGACUUUCCAAGCGGUAUCACUACCCCUCAGACUUCUCCGAGUCAGUCGUCCAUCAGCAAGGCUCAAUGCUGGGCAUCCGCGAUCCGUACUUCCGAGCUUGUGAAUCACAAGGAGUGCCUUGUGGCUGCCAUAUACACUCAUGCCAGCUCAUACAUUGGGAUUCACCUCUUUACGGCUGGUAUGAUCCUCACUAUUGUUGCAUUGUCGAAACCACUAUCAUCCCAGGCUCAAGAAGCUAAACGGGCAAUCAGCCACAUAAUAAGAAUGCUAGGCUGGCUCGAGGAUCGCAUUCUACUGUCACAUCAAAGUAGCAAGAUCUUAGAAGCAUUGGUGCGGCUGAUUCUGGAGAAAGAGAUGAAAGCAAUUUUACCACGUGGCAGAAUUGCAAAUCAGAGGCACGGACAGGGACAGGAACAGGACCAAGAAACGCAGAACGUGGUUUCCGUGUUGGACGAAGCCAGUACAAGGCCUCUGAUCGCUCCACGAAGCAUACCACUGGAGAAUCACCCAUCAAAUCCGCAGCACAGUCAGAUACAUGAGACCUCAUCCUUUUCAAGAUAUGAGACCUCUUUGAACGAUCAUGCAAAUACGGAAGUAGGAGACGAUUAUUCCUUCGACGAUCCAUCCUUUUCGGGAAUGGACGCCUUACAAAACACCGACUUCCAGGAAGGGAUCACAAACGUACAACAAUUCAUGGGUGGUCAAUACGGGGCAUUCUCGACCACUUUCCUGGGUGCGGACACGCUACACGAUCUUCCCACUUCGUACACCGGAAACACUCAAUAUCCCUUUAAUGGUAAUACGAACGAAAAUUUCUCAGCACAGGCCUGGCUGUGGGACCUUUGA